AUGGCAUCAAAACGACCCUUCACAGUACGAGCACUCCAUGGCACGACGAGGACCAAGGUUGUCGCAAUUGCCACCUUGCAAACACCGCCCCCAGAGGUUCUAACCGGCGCCGACGAGGAGGAGAUUGCUUCCAUCGUAGCAUUUGCAGCGUCCAAGGAGGACAAUUACUUUAACGCAAUGGUCGAACGUUCCAACACGAAUGCACAUGAAGCAAGUCCAAGUGAAAUGUCGGAGGCGGACAUGAUGGCGAUUAACCAUCGCGCGACCAAAACGACUAUUUUGGAUAAGACGACGCCAAUGAAAUCGAUGCAGAUUCAGCAUCGCACAACUAGGCAUUUUGCCCGUCGUCAAAAGUAUGUGGCGAGUUAUACUACAAAGCUGCAACAACUUAUGCGGCCGUCUGGCUGGUUCUCCAACGACCCCAGCUCCGCGAGCAACUGGGUGAUCACCAUCUCGAAUGGCUCAGUGUCUGUCAUCAGCUUGUCUUGGAGCUUGGCGUGUAUGGCACGUUUUUUGGCCUUGAUCUGGUGGGCACAGUCUGUACAAGGAUGCUUGAGCCCUUCACAAGCCCGCUGCAUGACGUGUUGA